GCUCAGUGGCCUGGCAGGUGGGGCCGCCGCGGAACUCCAGGUCCGGCCGGGAGCAGAGGGGCGGGGGCGAGAGGGAAGUGGGCGGGAGCUGCCAUCUGAGUAGCCAGCGUCGCCGGCGACCGCGGAGUUCUGGGCUAGUGGGACCCCGCGCGGGCUGGUUCGGGAUGAGCGAUGGCAUCGGUCAAGGUGGCCGUGAGGGUCCGGCCCAUGAAUCGCAGGGAAAAGGACUUGGAGGCCAAGUUCAUUAUUCAGAUGGAGAAAAGCAAAACGACAAUCACAAACUUAAAGAUACCAGAAGGAGGCACUGGGGACUCAGGAAGAGAACGGACCAAGACCUUCACCUAUGACUUUUCUUUUUAUUCUGCUGAUACAAAAAGCCCAGAUUACGUUUCACAAGAAAUGGUUUUCAAAACCCUCGGCACAGAUGUCGUGAAGUCUGCAUUUGAAGGUUAUAAUGCUUGUGUCUUUGCAUAUGGGCAAACUGGAUCUGGAAAGUCAUACACUAUGAUGGGAAAUUCUGUACGUUGUUUAUACUGUGUGGGAAGGAAAUUUCUCAUUAUCUUUCUCUGGACUGGUAGAAUGAUCUCUUUUAUCUAUUUGGGAGAUUCUGGCUUAAUACCUCGGAUCUGUGAAGGGCUCUUCAGUCGGAUAAAUGAAACCACCAGAUGGGAUGAAGCUUCUUUUCGAACUGAAGUCAGCUACUUAGAAAUUUAUAACGAGCGUGUGAGAGAUCUACUUCGGCGGAAGUCAUCUAAAACCUUCAAUUUGAGAGUCCGUGAGCAUCCCAAAGAAGGCCCUUAUGUUGAGGAUUUAUCCAAACAUUUAGUACAGAAUUAUGGUGACGUAGAAGAACUUAUGGAUGCGGGCAAUAUCAACCGGACCACCGCAGCGACUGGGAUGAACGACGUCAGUAGCAGGUCUCAUGCCAUCUUCACCAUCAAGUUCACUCAGGCUAAAUUUGAUUCUGAAAUGCCAUGUGAAACCGUCAGUAAGAUCCACUUGGUUGAUCUUGCCGGAAGUGAGCGUGCAGAUGCCACCGGAGCCACCGGGGUUAGGCUAAAGGAAGGGGGAAAUAUUAACAAGUCCCUCGUGACUCUGGGGAACGUCAUUUCUGCCUUAGCUGAUUUAUCUCAGGAUGCUGCAAAUACUCUUGCAAAGAAGAAGCAAGUUUUCGUGCCUUACAGGGAUUCUGUGUUGACUUGGUUGUUAAAAGAUAGCCUUGGAGGAAACUCUAAAACUAUCAUGAUUGCCACCAUUUCACCUGCUGAUGUCAAUUAUGGAGAAACCCUAAGUACUCUUCGCUAUGCAAAUAGAGCCAAAAACAUCAUCAACAAGCCUACCAUUAAUGAGGAUGCCAACGUCAAACUUAUCCGUGAGCUGCGAGCUGAAAUAGCCAGACUGAAAACGCUGCUUGCUCAAGGGAAUCAGAUUGCCCUCUUAGACUCCCCCACAGCUUUAAGUAUGGAGGAAAAACUUCAGCAGAAUGAAGCAAGAGUUCAAGAAUUGACCAAGGAAUGGACAAAUAAGUGGAAUGAAACCCAAAAUAUUUUGAAAGAACAAACUCUAGCCCUCAGGAAAGAAGGGAUUGGAGUUGUUUUGGAUUCUGAACUGCCUCAUUUGAUUGGCAUCGAUGAUGACCUUUUGAGUACUGGAAUCAUCUUAUAUCAUUUAAAGGAAGGUCAGACAUAUGUUGGUAGAGACGAUGCUUCCACGGAGCAAGAUAUUGUUCUUCAUGGCCUUGACUUGGAGAGUGAGCAUUGCAUCUUUGAAAAUAUCGGGGGGACAGUGACUCUGAUACCCCUGAGUGGGUCCCAGUGCUCUGUGAAUGGUGUUCAGAUCGUGGAGGCCACACAUCUAAAUCAAGGUGCUGUGAUUCUCUUGGGAAGAACCAAUAUGUUUCGCUUUAACCAUCCAAAGGAAGCCGCCAAGCUCAGGGAGAAGAGGAAGAGUGGCCUUCUGUCCUCCUUCAGCUUGUCCAUGACCGACCUCUCGAAGUCCCGUGAGAACCUGUCUGCAGUCAUGUUGUAUAACCCCGGACUUGAAUUUGAGAGGCAACAGCGUGAAGAACUUGAAAAAUUAGAAAGUAAAAGGAAACUCAUAGAAGAAAUGGAAGAAAAGCAGAAAUCAGACAAGGCUGAACUGGAGCGGAUGCAGCAGGAGGUGGAGACCCAGCGCAAGGAGACAGAAAUCGUGCAGCUCCAGAUUCGCAAGCAGGAGGAGAGCCUCAAACGCCGCAGCUUCCACAUCGAGAACAAGCUAAAGGAUUUACUUGCUGAGAAGGAAAAAUUUGAAGAGGAGAGGCUGAGGGAACAGCAGGAAAUCGAGCUGCAGAAGAAGAGACAAGAAGAAGAGACCUUUCUCCGCGUCCAAGAAGAACUCCAACGACUCAAAGAACUCAACAACAACGAGAAGGCUGAGAAGUUUCAGAUAUUUCAAGAACUGGACCAGCUCCAAAAGGAAAAAGAUGAACAGUAUGCCAAGCUUGAACUGGAAAAAAAGAGACUAGAGGAGCAGGAGAAGGAGCAGGUCAUGCUCGUGGCCCAUCUGGAAGAGCAGCUCCGAGAGAAGCAGGAGAUGAUCCAGCUCCUGCGGCGCGGGGAGGUGCAGUGGGUGGAAGAGGAGAAGAGGGACCUGGAAGGCAUUCGGGAAUCCCUCCUGCAGGUGAAGGAGGCUCGUGCCGGAGGGGAUGAAGAUGGCGAGGAGUUAGAAAAGGCUCAACUGCGUUUCUUCGAAUUCAAGAGAAGGCAGCUUGUCAAGCUAGUGAACUUGGAGAAGGACCUGGUUCAGCAGAAAGACAUCCUGAAAAAAGAAGUCCAAGAAGAACAGGAGAUCCUAGAGUGUUUAAAAUGUGAACAUGACAAAGAAUCUAGAUUGUUGGAAAAACAUGAUGAGAGUGUCACAGAUGUCACGGAAGUGGCUCAAGAUUUCGAGAAAAUAAAGCCAGUGGAGUACAGGCUGCAAUAUAAAGAACGCCAGCUACAGUACCUCCUGCAGAAUCACUUGCCAACUCUGUUGGAAGAAAAGCAGAGAGCAUUUGAAAUUCUUGACAGAGGCCCUCUCAGCUUAGACAACACUCUUUAUCAAGUAGAAAAGGAAAUGGAAGAAAAAGAAGAACAGCUUGCACAGUACCAGGCCAAUGCAAACCAGCUGCAAAAGCUCCAAGCCACCUUUGAAUUCACUGCCAACAUUGCACGUCAGGAGGAAAAAGUGAGGAAAAAGGAAAAGGAGAUUUUGGAGUCCAGAGAGAAGCAGCAGAGAGAGGCGCUGGAGCGGGCCCUGGCCAGGCUGGAGAGGAGACAUUCUGCGCUGCAGAGGCGCUCCACCCUGGGCAUGGAGAUUGAAGAGCAGAGGCAGAAACUUGCCAGUCUGAACAGUGGCAGCAGAGAGCAGUCAGGGCUCCAGGCUAGCCUGGAGGCUGAGCAGGAAGCCCUAGAGAAGGACCAGGAGAGGUUAAAAUAUGAAAUCCAGCAGCUGAAACAGAAGAUUUAUGAGGUCGAUGGUGUUCAAAAAGGUCAUCAUGGGACCCUGGAAGGGAAGGUGGCUUCUUCCAGCUUGCCAGUCAGUGCUGAAAAAUCACACCUGGUUCCCCUCAUGGAUGCCAGGAUCAAUGCUUACAUUGAAGAAGAAGUCCAAAGACGCCUUCAGGAUUUGCAUCGUGUGAUUAAUGAAGGCUGCAGUACAUCUGCAGACACGAUGAAGGAUAAUGAGAAACUUCACAAUGGCACCAUUCAACGUAAACUAAAAUAUGAGAAAAGGCAGUUUUGCCCAGCAUGGUAUCUUGACCCGCUUCUGCCCAGAGAUGCCACUGACACUUCCAGCCUCAUUAGAGAGGAGAGGAGGGAGGUGGAUCAGAACGACCACUGGGAUCAUCCCAUGCUGUGGAGUGUCUCAGGCCCUAAAACAACUUCCUCAGCAUCACAAGAGAGAACUCACCAGCAGAGGGAUCAGUCCUCAGUACCCGAGGUAUUCCAGGACAGUGAAAACAAAUAUUGUCAUCCUGAGCAUGCUGGCCAUUUUGAACCAAAAUGUUUUAAUCUACCUAGAAUCUCUUUUCUUAACGAAAGUAACACCGAUGAUGCAGAAGAUUUUCAGAGUCAGUCAGAAAAUUUCAGUGAGCUGAUGACUCAUAAAGAUAAACACGGCUUGAGAGUCAAGUCCAGUUGGACUUUGCUGCAACAUACGUCCCAAGAAGUGUCUAUAAAUAGUGGAGGCAAGCAGGCCAGGCAAGGCAAGGUGCUCUGCUUGGUUCUGUCUGAAGGCAUUUCCCAUGAGGAGAGAGCAUCCUGCAGUGCCCCGCAGAGCGUACUGGCCUCUGAGUUUUAUAGUGAGCAGCAAGGUGAGGAAGAGUUGGAUGCUAAAAAAAUGAGCUCAUCGGAGUCACUGGUAAAUAUCAGAACAGAAGGAAACAAUGGACUGGGAUAUUUUUACCACAAGUUCUCAGACCUUUAUAAAGAUACCAGCAGUCACCUGCUUCAGGCUGGCACAAAGGUGAUCAGCCAAGCCAGGCUUGUGGGGAAUCUGUGUGCCCCGAGGGGGCUCCCCUCCCAGGUAACAACAUUGGUCAGAAGCCUGCCAUUUCUGAAGCACUUAGCCCCACACAUGCCCUUGAAGAUUGACAUGCAGUCAACAGAAUCUCAUUCUCCGGAAGCUCGUGUUGGCAGCAGCGAGAGCAAAGCUGCAGGGAGCCUGCAGUCAGCAGAGGGUGCGGCGCCUUACCGGGCCUCUGUCUUUGCAGCUGCAGGUUUACCAGGUUCCUCGCCAAGCUCAGUUUUUCGCCUUGAAUAUGAAGAUGCUAGAAAGAGCUCUGCAUUUAAGCAGAGCCUUGUGCAAUUCCCGGACCAAAUGCUGAAACUGCAAGAGUGCCCUUUAAAAGACCUUCUUAGGCAUGUGACUUGUUCUCUACCAGAACCUUUGGGCAACAUGAAGGAAGUCAAAGGCAUUUACUGGCUUGCUGUUGCUGCCUGCACAGCACCUGACCCUCAACCAGCAUGUUUGCUUCUGCUUCAGUCAGCUUUAUAUGCUUUGGUCCUGUCAGAUAAUCUCCUUGGCUCAAUGAGCAUUUUUCAUGCUCUACCUCUCUCUGGUCUACAGGAGAUUCAGAUUGGCUUUGGUGGACAGAGUAUUCGAUUCCUGAGCUCUGCAGAGGGUCUUCUGCUCACUGUGUUCAGUUACAACAAAUACCUCUCUCAACAGCUGUGUCGUGACCUCCUGUGUGUCCUGAUGCCAGAGCCUGAUGCCGCUGCCUGCGCUAAUCAUCCCUUGCUCCAGCAAGAUCUGGUUCAGCUUUCUCUUGAUUGGAAAACAGAAAUCCCUGAUUUAGUUUUGCCAAAUGGAGUUCAGGUGUCAUCCAAAUUCCAGACUACCUUGGUUGACAUGAUUUACUUUCUUCAUGGAAAUAUGGAAGUCAAUGUCCCUUCCCUGGCAGAAGUUCAGUUACUGCUCUACACAACAGUGAAAGUCAUGGGUGACUCUGGCCAUGACCAGUGCCAGUCGCUAGUCCUUCUGAACACCCACAUUGCACUGGUGAAGGAAGACUGUGUUUUUUAUCCACGCAUUCGAUCUCGAAACAUACCUCCUCCGGGUGCACAAUUUGAUGUGAUCAAAUGCCAUGCUUUAAGUGAAUUCAGGUGUGUUGUUGUUCCAGAAAAGAAAAAUGUGUCAACAGUAGAACUAGUCUUCUUACAGAAACUCAAACCUUCAGUGGGUUCCAGAAAUAGUCCACCUGAGCACCUUCAGGAAGCCCCAGAUGUCCAGUUGUUCACCACCCCAUUGUAUCUUCAAGGCAGUCAGAAUGUCGCACCUGAGGUCUGGAAACUUACUUUCAAUUCUCAAGAUGAGGCUCUUUGGCUAAUCUCACAUUUGACAAGACUCUAAGGAGGAGACUUUUAAGGAUGCACUACAUGUUUUUUGAGAUCAUUAAUAAAAUAAGCAUUGUGAAGACAGUCAAGGCAAUAUGAAUAUCUCCGUGUAGCUAAUUGAACUGGAACUGGAAAAAUGCAGACCUCUAAAAUUGAAAAUGUAAAUAUUUUAAAUAUCUACAAUAAAAUAAAAACAGCUAAUAGCAGAGCCCCAAUAAAAUAUCUUUAUCACCACCUUGCUUCAUUUUCUUGAAACUCAGGCUUGUAAAUUUGUGCCUGCUUCAUUAUUUGUGAGGUGAUUAAAGCAUUUCUGAUUGUUUGUCUUCGUGUCGAUUUAUAGUGUGGUGGCUUGGAAUCUGUCUGUGCCUACUGGAUUCCAGCAGGCUAAUCUGUGCUGCCUGAAAAAGUGCCCAGUCUAGCAGUGACCUUCAUUGACAUCCUUGGUUUCAGCUGUGAUUAGGAUAGUUACGUAGCAGAGCACAUUAGUGAUGCAUCAAGCUUCCUAUAAGGACCCGGGGAUUGAAAGUGUCCUCCCAUCACCAUGGUAUGCGGAAUCGAGACAGUGAUGCAUGCCCUGCGUGUCUUCUUCCUCACUUAAUUGCCUUUACCUUCCUCCUUUCAUACUUCUUGAUGAUUCCCUUUUAACCCUUGCGAUUUCAGCUCCUCACUUGGUGUAUUUGUGGCUAUUCCACCUAACCCGUAUCCCUCACCACCACCAUAUUCCAGUUCUUUCUCAGAACUUUUGUCUCUCUAUCCUGUAAAUCUCUUUAUCUCAGAGUCUCACUUUCUCUCGUGGCUUCUUUCUGCUGUCUUGUCAAAUAUAUAGUCCCCUUAGAGGUACCUUCCUCUGGCAUCUCACCCAGCCACCAUUUAUAACCUUUGAUUGAGGUCUCCUACUGGCCCCAGCUGGUCAGUUUGCUGGCCUCCCUUCUCAGGCAAGUUCCCUGCUGCAUCUGCCCAGGGUGGAGCUUCUCUCUCCAUGAAACUCCACUCAGUAGUCAGCUGCCUCCUCCUAGGUAAGAGGCUGCAAACUGUGUUCUUCAGGGUCUCUAGCUCCUCUGAUCAACCCUUUCCUCUCUGUCCCCCUCUGUCCAAAAAUCCUAUCAGGUUACAUAUUUUGUAUUUGUUUUUAAUUUCACCUGACGCUAGGUGCUCCGCCACUGUUCUCCCCUCUCAGGUGUGUGUUCUCCUAAAUCUAGAGUUCUCAGAAGGAAGGAGACGUGCUUCUGUCUUGCUCAGCCCACCCUCCGUCCACUCUCAGCCAAACCAUCUUUAGCCCACAGUAGCUCUCAGUGGACGUUGGAUGCAGCUGAGUGAGUCAGUGAUUCUCGUGGCAUGGAAGGGGCAUUUUCUAUUCUGGUCAAAUCUUUGGAUAAGUGCAACAUAAAUGUUGUAGUGCCUUCUUCAUUUCUGUUCCUAAUCAAUGACGGAGAUGGUGUCAAAGCUUAACACACACAGAAACUUACCAUCUUCCUUUGGCCAGGAACGGCUCAUCUUCCCUCUUUCCCCUGACGGAGGAAAUGACAAGCUACCCACACUGGGUCUACAUUCCCACCUAUUUUCCUCUACCUAGUGUUGCAGACACGAACAGGAAAAGACAGGGAAUUGGAGAAUGUGUUACGAUCCACAGACUGGUGGCUGCAGCCAUGUGUGCUUCUGACCAGUGGAGGCAUUUGGUUUUCUGAGGCAGUUGGAUUCUCAUGUUUUUCAUUUCCAAAGCACCCCCUACCCCCACACAUAAAUACCUUAUUACCUUAUACCUAAAGGCUUUUAACUCUUUGAUGAGGACAUCAUUAAAAAUAGUCACUAAUUUGUCAUUAUCUUGGUUGGUAGGUCAUCUUCCCUCAUGAACAAACACUCCUAAAAUGUACCAUGAUAGUUUUCUAAUAUCUUAAUAAUAUUUCUCCUAAUUUAUUUUUAUUUUUUUUGGCGAUUCCUCAGGGAUCUAGAACUAGAAAUACCAUUUGACCCAGCCACCCCAUUACUGGGUAUAUACCCAAAUGACUAUAAAUCAUGCUGCUAUAAAGACACAUGCACACGUAUGUUUAUUGCGGCAUUAUUCACAAUAGCAAAGACUUGGAACCAACCCAAAUGUCCAACAAUGAUAGACUGGAUUAAGAAAAUGUGGCACAUAUACACCAUUGAAUACUAUGCAGCCAUAAAAAAUGAUGAGUUCAUGUCCUUUGUAGGGACAUGGAUGAAAUUGGAAACCAUCAUUCUCAGUAAACUAUCGCAAGAACAAAAAACCAAACACCGCAUAUUCUCACUCAUAGGUGGGAAUUGAACAAUGAGAUCACAUGGACACAGGAAGGGGAAUAUCACACUCUGGGGACUGUGGUGGGGUGGGGGGAGGGGGGAGGGGUAGCAUUGGGAGAUAUACCUAAUGCUAGAUGACGAGUUAGUGGAUGCAGCGCACCAGCAUGGCACAUGUAUACAUAUGUAACUAACCUGCACAAUGUGCACAUGUACCCUAAAACUUAAAGUAUAAUAAUAAAAAAAAAACUUUUUAAAACUAAUAUAUUUUGCAUUCCUUUUUUCAAGUUGUUCCAUCCAGUAUUUUCUCAUAUUUUCUUGAUAACAAAAAGAGUUAUACUGCAGUAAUCUUGUC